CGGACACUGCGGCAGAUCUCCACUUUCCUACAUUGAGAAGUGUGUAGCCUGGUCUAUCAGUAGUAGGGAUUCACUGAGAUUCACAUCAAUUACCUACAUAGUACGUACUAUGUACGAGAUAUCCCUAAAUACAACAUUGAAGUAGCCUACAUAUGUACGUACUACCACCUAACUACCAUAGUACAGGUACAUACUAGACCUACCUACCUAGGGUACAUAUGUAGUCACUGUCAUAGUGUGCAUCCUUUUUGGUGUUCGUAUAACGGUCUGCGGCAAACCCUCUCUUCCAAAGUUCCACUACUUCCCUCCCACUGCAUCCAAUCUACUAAGUAUUACCCAUCUCUCCCUUCUACAUUUCUACAUUUUUCUUUCUUUUUCCUCUUCUUAAUUUCUAGUCACUCCUUCUUUACCUUUCUCUACUUUGUCAUAAUUUACGGACAUGAUAUACCGGUGAUCUCAUCCCACGUGGGAAUUAUAUUCGGCUCCGUUAGACCCGAUUUAUUGUCCAUCCCCGCCGAAAAAUUCGUUCGAUAAGUCUUCAACAAAUCUAUUCGGAUAGAACAAUUCUUUUCUCUCGGUCGCCUUACAACGCCUUUGUCUUGAUGCCAUCCAUCUUGAGAUCUUCCAGGUUGCUAUCGUCAUAAUGUUCGUGUCGCCAAACUCCCGCCGUCUCAAGAUAUUUGGCGGCGUCGCAAUCUUGGUCUUGACUGUGACAUACGUGCAUAUUUGGCCCCAAUGGGAACGAGCGCCUUUCGAAUAUGCCCGCGACUAUUACCAGAGCGUCACUGGCUACUUCGACAGCCCUGUGUAUAAUAAUACGCUGUAUGUCGAAGGAAAUGAAGAAACAGUUAACCAAUACUACAACUCCAGCAACCCAUGCGCCAACUUUCCCAUUGCAGACAACGUGCUUUUGGUCAUGAAGACGGGCGCUACAGAAGCCUUCGACCGAUUGCCCACACAUUUACUGACCACCUUAAGAUGUCUUCCCGAUUUUCUCAUCUUUUCCGACAUGGAACAACAACUGGGACCCUACCACAUCUACGAUGCUUUGGCUGAGCUCGAUGAAUCUAUAACAGCUCACAAUUCGGAGUUCGAUCUCUAUCGCGACCAGAAGCUAUGCGCCGUAUCGCAAAAAUCAUGUGUUGAUGCGAAGAGGGACGGACGAAAAGCCUGGGACCUGGAUAAAUACAAGUUCCUUCCAAUGAUGGAACAGACUUGGAGAAUGCGCCCCGGCCGUGAUUGGUACAUAUUUGCCGAAGCUGACACGUACAUUUUCUGGGAGAAUAUACUACACUGGAUAAAGAGCGAGUUGCGUUUGAACCCUCACGAUAAGCUUUAUCUGGGUAGUAAAAGCUUCAUCAAUGGGAUUCCAUUUGCCCAUGGCGGUUCUGGCUAUAUUUUGAGUGGCGGUCUAUUGAGACAUCUGGUCGAAUACCACCCCGAGGCCAUUAAAGAAUACAACGCCAAGGCAGCGCACGACUGCUGUGGCGAUUUCAUAUUAGCAAAAGCCUUAAAAGAGUAUGAAGACGUCAAAAUCCGACAAACUUGGCCUAUGUUCAAUGGGGAGAAACCGAGUACGCUGCCUUAUGGGCCUGGUCAUUGGUGCGAACCAAUUUUCACUAUGCAUCAUAUGAACGCCGAAGAGAUUAGCAAUGUGUGGCAGUUCGAACAAACACGCAAGACAGAUAAUAUUCUUCUAAUCAAGGACCUAUACAAUGGCCUGAUUCGACCAAAUAUGCAAGAAUCUCGGGAAAAUUGGGACAACUUAUCGGAUGACGUCUGCUACCUGAAUCCGGAUCCCCAAGCUCAGGAAAGUGCUGAGGGAUCCUUACGUGAUAAGCAAAAGAACCCGGAGGAAAUGAACCAGGUGGAGAGGGAAGCGUGGAAGUCGUGGGAGAAUUGCGCCAAAGUUUGCGACUCCUUGGACGGGUUAGAUGAAGAAUCUUUAGGUCUCUACGGGAUCGCGACGCGCAAAGGGGACGCUCCUGGCACUACUAAUGAGACAGAAGAUGCCGAGGAAAAAUCGCCUAGCGACCACGCUACUCGGGAGGCUUGGAUGAAGACGAUAGAUGAAAAGAAACGAAGUCGAACGUGCUUCCAGUACCGCUGGCACGAGAACGUGUGCUGUACGGCCAAGAGCUUCAAGCUGGGUGCGCCUAAGGCAGCACCAUACUCGAGCAAUCCCGACGGCAAGUGGAUGAGCGGCUGGGAUCUAAAAGGCAUCAGUGACUGGAUCGACGCGACGGGCGAGUGCAAGAAGCCCGCUUGGAAGACACCUGAGGAUUGAGCAGCGCUUUCUGAAAGAGCGGAAUCCAUCCCAGUAAGAAAAAAGGGGCUAAGUUAACAAUUGAAAGAAGAGUCAUAUCGGCUAUAUUACGAAAAGCAACAACAAACACGAGUACGUGAUGAACGAAAUCUCUACAAAACAAUUUUGGUGGGUGGGAGAUGCGUAGGGGUAGGCCCGUAAGAGUGGCCAUUCCACCCCUCCUUGCCCUUGGAACUUUCUUGUUUUUUUUUUUCAGACGGGCUAUACCUGUACCAUAUUACGAAACGGAAACGGGCGGCAGGCGGCUUGUUUGCUACGGUCGGACUCUCGCAUACAUAGGUAGCCAUGGCAUGGCAUGGCAUGGCAUGAUGGGUAUCAUACAUAACACGGCGUUUUUGGCGACUGAGCCUGUUCUACAUAGAAAAGAAGGGGGGGGGGAGAGGAGAAGGAAAGGCGGACGAGGGACUGGGCGGGGCGGGGUUGGGUUGAGUUUACACAACUCAGAACUGAGGAUCGGAGCAUAGGUAGGGCUGAGUGGCUUUGGCACUAGCCCAGGCACUACAUACAUUCAUGGAGUGCAUUGCUAGGUACCUGAUUAGUUAGACAGGAAUUCACCUUCUCCUGAGCCACCAUCUUCGUCGCAGUUGACUUGCGCUCGUGUGUACCUACAAUACUACUGGCGUGAUGUCGGCCUCUGUGAUGACAUGACAUAACUACAUAACACGA